AUGGGAAAAAGAGAAGGAAUUGAUCCACAGAAGUCAACAGAAAAGCAGUUCUCAAAGAAAAUAUCAAAUGACCCCCAGAGUGACCAACAGAAUAGCAUCACUGAGGUUCCAAGCAACAAGAGCAGAAAAAUCACACGUGGAGAUAUUGAAGUUGUCCAGAAUUUGAUUGAGAGGUGUUUGCAGUUGUAUAUGAACAGAAAUGAAGUCAUCAAUACCCUCUUAGAUCGUGCUAGGAUUGAGCCUGGCUUCACAAGCUUGGUACUGCAGAAAUUGGAAGAAGAAAAUGCAGAAUUUUUCAAGGCCUACUACAUAAGGCUAAAGCUGAAAAAUCAAAUUGUUCUGUAUAACCGUUUGCUAGAGCAACAAUACCAUCUGAUGAAAGACCAAGUCCCUCCAGAGGUUCCAUUGCCUCCUAUGCAAAAUGGAAUGCAUUACAUGCCUGUUCACAGUUCAUCUAUGGGGUACCCCAUCAUGCAGCAGCCUCCAAUUCCAUCUAACCGUCAUCGCCAAAUUAGUAACAUGGGCACUACAUCUAGUUGUCAUGUGGUAAAUGGAAUCCCUGCUCAAGGACAUUUCCACCAUAUGCCACUAAACUGUGGUAACGAAAGCCUAGCUGAUGCACCAUCUAUCAUCCCUGCCAGUGGUAUCAAGACAGAGAUGCUUUCAAGUCCUGUAUCAGUGGCAUCCAAUGGACAAUUUCCUUUCACUCCAUCAGAAAUAUCAGGGCUAGGUGUGGACACAUCAGCGCUUGACUCUGCAUUUACUUCUCAUUUAGCAAAUUUAGAAAGGUUGGGUAUUGGACCAGAUGGUGGGACCAGAUGGCCUAAGGAGACCCUUCGAUCAUCGGGGCAGUCUACUUGGAAUUUUGGCCUCUUUGAUUCUACCGCCGAAUGGCCAAACUUGCAAGAUCUUGGAGCACUGGGUAACUAUUCGGGUUCACCCUUUCUGCCUCCUGAGUCGGAUGUUCUUGAUUCACCAGAGCAAAAUGACAUGGUUGAGGAGUUCUUUGCCGACGCUGGCUCAGGUCAAGGCUCUCAAUCAGAGUAG